UCGCCUCUAAAGACAAAACCCUCUUUCUGUCUCUGAUUUGGGAGGGAACUGAGGAAUAUGAUUUAGGGACAGACAGCAACACCCUGCUGCACCAGCUGCAGGCAAAGCCUGAUCAGUGUUUCCGGAGAGAGCAGAGCAGCUGCUGCUGGAGGGAGGAAAAGAGGGAGACGCGGCCGCGUUGCGGGAAUUUUUGCAGGCGGGUGGUUGGUCCCAGCACGACCUGCCCCCAAUCACCACUGGAGCGGCUCCAACAGCAGCCGUGUCUGCACGGGGCUGACAGCAGGGACUGCACCCCGGGACCCCCUUCCCGAGCACCCCUCGCUGGGCACAGUCUCAUUCCCCACCCCAAGGCUCCCCUCCGCAUCUCCGGGAGCGGUAACGCUUCAGCUGCAUCGACUCGCUGCACGUCUCCCUCCUCCGCUUGAACCAAGGGUGCGCCCUCUCCCUCUUCUCCUCAGCCCGGGGCAGAGCGGAGCAGCCGCGGCUCAUGCAGUUAUAGUGUGAAAGAAGAUAUUUACGGUGCUUGCCUACCCGCCCUGUGAACAAGCAGGAUGCUCACCAGAGCCCCAAGUGUCAUUGCCCAAGUGUUCCUUCUUCUAAGCAUAGUUCUUGUCAUUGCUAUUGCAGUGAUUCAGAUAAACCAGCAACAGAUCCUCUCCCCAGGGCUUAAGUAUGGAAUAGUCCUUGAUGCUGGAUCCUCUCGGACUACAGUCUAUGUUUAUGAAUGGCCAGCAGAAAAAGAAAAUGACACAGGAGUAGUGAGCCAGACUUUCAAGUGCAAUGUGAAAGGCCCCGGUAUAUCCAGCUAUGACAGUAACCCCGGAGCUCUUGCCAAACCCUUUGAUGACUGUCUGAAUAAAGUCAAGGAGAGAAUACCGGUUAAUUUGCAUAAAAACACUUCUGUUUAUCUGGGGGCUACAGCUGGCAUGAGACUACUGAGGUUGCAAAAUGAAACGGCAGCCAAUGAAGUCUUUGCAAGCAUUCAAAACUACUUCAGAGAACAACCUUUUGAAUUUAGGGGUGCACAAAUCAUAACUGGGCCAGAGGAAGGGGUGUAUGGAUGGAUAACAGCCAACUAUUUAAUGGGCAAUUUCUUAGAGAGAAACCUUUGGAGGACAUGGGUCCAUCCUUACAGAAAAGAGACUAUGGGUGCACUGGAUCUUGGAGGAGCUUCCACUCAAAUUUCAUUUAUUCCAGAGAACCCUCAGGAGAACUUCAAUAGCACAUUGCAAGUGAAGUUGUACGGUUACAACUACCAUGUCUAUACUCACAGCUUCCAGUGCUACGGGAGAGAUGAAGCUGAGAAAAGGCUUUUAGCUUUGCUACUCCAGAAGUCAAACAACAGUUCCAAUGUGGAUAAUCCAUGUUACCCUCAGAAUUAUAAUACUUCGUUAACAAUGAAGUACUUCUCCAGCAGCCUUUGUACACAGUCUCUGAGACCAGCAAAUUAUUACCCAAACCAGCUUGUGAACUUCCGUGGAACAGGAGACCCAGGUCUGUGCCAGGAGAUGGUUUCUUUGUUGUUUAACUUCACUGCUUGCACAGACAGAGAAGAGUGUCCAUUUAAUAGAAUCCACCAGCCAAAAGUUAAAGGGAAUUUUGUGGCUUUCUCAGGAUUCUACUAUACAAUUAAUGCUUUGAACUUAUCCGGGCACUUUUCCCUAGCUGACUUCAAUUCAAGUAUGUGGUUUUUCUGUUCACAGAGCUGGACACAGCUCCAGUUUAUGCUGCCUAAAUUUGAAGAAAUAUAUGCUAGAUCCUACUGUUUUUCAGCCAAUUUCAUUUACUACUUGCUUGUACAUGGUUACAACUUUGAUGCCCAAACUUGGCCACAGAUACGUUUUCAAAAGGAGGUUGGUAACAGCAGUAUAGCAUGGUCACUUGGUUACAUGUUAAGCCUCACGAACAUGAUUCCAGCAGAGGGCAAGCUGAUCCGGUUACCUCUGAAACCUUCUUUGUUUGCUGGGCUCCUCGUCUUCCUCACAGCUACAGCACUGAUCUGUCUUCUCUUCCUUGUUUACCUGUGUAUUGUAUCACGUAGUCGGAAGAACAUCAGUCGUGUUGAACAUGUAUUUAUUCCAGAAUGAAUGAACUUGCUGAAGACAAAACAUUUUAUAGUGCUAUUAAGUCAGACUUUAUUUCUGAAAAAAUGGUGAAAUAAAGACAAGCAAAAAGACUUGAGGACCAGAAGUGUUAACAGAGAAGAAGAGACACAAAGGAAUCUGUGAUAUGGUGAACUGGAGUGCUUUUGAAGUAUUUUGGCAAUUGUUUCUGUAAAACAGUUUUGUCCAGUGUGCAGCAGAGAAAACGUGCACAUAUGUCACUUUGAUUGAUAAGGGAUUAAUAGCCUUUUCCUGCCAGGUAUGUAUUCAUUUUUUGUUUGUUAACUCUGUGCUAACUGGUAAGCUCAAGUGGGGGUGGAUUUGAUCGUGAUGGCGGUUGUUUAAGAUAAAAUUAAACAAGAAGUCAGUAGGAAUUGUGGGAGGUGGGAAUAUGGCAGUUGUUCUUGUGCGUAGUGCUGACCCUAAAAGCCCCAAAUAAUCUAAUUUCUGAAAGUGGAGCAAGCACUGGGGUAAUGACAAGAACUGAAAGGAACAGCUGGGAUAGAAUUGUUUUUAUUGCUGUUCCAAACAGAUUGAUCCGCCCCACAUAAAUGCAUAAUAAACUGCCAACACCUCUCCAGACUUUCAAACCAGUCUUAAAACUGAGCUAUAUCUUUUGGUACUGUGGAGACCUCAGAGUGCCUUUGCUGUGGUAGGUGAGAUUUACUUUGAAAGUGGGACAAAAAUCUUUCACACUUCAGUAACUGAACCUAAAUUUAAAUGUCUCAAAGUUACCUCCAGGAGCCACUAGGCUUUUCAGUGUCCUUUUCUCUUAACUUUCACAGAAAUACUUUUUGUAGGUACUCAUACUAAAACACUGACCUGUAUUCCUCACGUUGUUGAUCUCAGUCACAGUCAGUACUGAGUUGUCAUAUACAUAUUACUUCAACUGUCUGUAUAGUCUCACAUCUGGGAUCUUCUGAAGCAUUAACAUGUUCAGCCCUUCAUUCAAGGCCAAGAGGAACAGGAGCCAGUCUGCAGGUCAGCAGAACGCCCUUUCUGUAGUGGGUUUGGGAGCACAUUGCUGGAGCUGCAGUCAUGGCUGUAGUGCCUUGAUCAAACUUUCUGCUGUCCUGGCCUCAGUGUUCCCUCACCAGUGCUGGGAUGUGCCUAGCAGAUGCUUCUGUCAAACGGAUUAGCUCCAGAGCUUUCCUGGAAGUCCUGGUGCCUUCAUGCUCCAAAGAGCUGACUUCCUUGAAAGCCCAGACAUUCUUCACCAAACCUGUCCUUCCCGUAAAUCAUAGGACUCCAAUUUUACCCACUCCUCGAGUUCUUCAUGGUCAGUGCCCCUUCUACCUGCCUGUCUUUUGUAUAGCUUUUGUCUUUUUCAGAUGGCUUCUAAAAUAGCCUUUGAAAAACCCUCCUGCCACAUCAUCUGCCAUCUCUUCCUUUCUUACAGUUUCUGUUAAUUCCUCUUAGUAUUGCUGUAAGGUGAUCUGUGAAGCUGCAAGGGGAAUACAUCUGAAGGGCUUCAGAGCUAGCAGAAAGAAGGGAUUGUUGUACUCAGGAUCUGCAAGAGGAGAAAAGAGCAUCUCUGCUUCACUUUCCUCCUCACUUUCUACCAUGUCCUUUCACCCAGAUUCAGUACCUACAUGGAGCUCUGUAUUUCCCCUAAUGCCCAACUAAUAGCUGCUAGCAAUGAUAGAAUCAUAGAAUGCUAGGGAUUGGAAGGGACCUCGGAAGAUCAUCUAGUCCAAUCCCCCUGCUGGAGCAGGAACACCUAGGUGAGGCUACACAGGAACGUGUCCAGGCGGGUUUUGAAUGUCUCCAGAGUAGGAGACUCCACAACCUCCCUGGGCAGCCUGUUCCAGUGCUCUGUUACCCUCGCUGAGAAGAAGUUUCUUCUCAAGUUUAAGUGGAAUCUCUUGUGUUCCAGCUUAAACCCAUUACCCAUUGUCCUACCAUUGUUUGUCACCGAGAAGAGCCUGGCUCCAUCCUCGUGACAUCCCUUUGUCACGAGGCUCCAUCCCUCGUGACAUCCUCCCUUUGUAUAUUUGUAAACAUUAAUGAGGUCCCCCUCAGUCUCCUCUUCUCCAAACUAAAGAGACCCAGCUCCCUCAGCCUUUCCUCAUAAGGGAGGUGCUCCACUCCCUUCAUCAUCUUGAUUGCCCUACACUGGACUCUCUCCAGCAGUUCCCUGUCCUUCUUGAACUGAGGAGCCCAGAACUGGGCAGAAUAUUCCAGGUGUGGUCUCACCAGGGCGGAGUAGAGGGGAAGGAGAACCUCUCUCGAUCUACUAACCACACCCCUUCUAAUACACCCCAGGAUGCCAUUGGCCCUCUUGGCCACAAGGGCACAGUGCUGGCUCAUGGUCAUCCUGCUGUCCACCAGGACCCCCAAUCACUUUAAUACAUUCCUGCUUCUCCAUCUUAUCAGGAUUGCUUCCCUCUGUGUGUAGUUUCCCUUGCUUGCAUCUUUCGUCUCUGGAGUGAUGGUUACCUGUUUCAUGCACAGAGCUUUUCAGAGUGAGGAAGUGAAAACUAAAAGGCAGAUUCCCAUAUUCUGCCUCUGCGAACAAGCCAAAGCCUGUGAGGCUGCCCGACUCCUGGUUUCCACACAGGUGUGUUGCAUGCAAGAGAACUACUUGUUGAUGCAUACGCUCAAAAGUUAAGUGGAUUCUGAAUUCUGAUAGGCACAUAAUGUGUUUUCUAUCCCAACUUCAUCUAUUCCCUGUAUUGAUUAGGUUGUGAGACAGGACAACAGUGGCCAGUAUUUUUACCCAUUAAUAUUUUCAAUAUUUGUAUUUUGUUUCUGUUAUCACCUUUUUACUUUCAGGUUUGCUUGUGGGGUUGGGGUUUUGUUUUCUUUUGUUUUUCACAGGCUGACAGGUGUUUUGAAAGGAACUAAAUAUCUUUUUAAAUGGAGAUUAAAAAGUAGUUAUUUUUUUCCAAGAGGAUCAGCAGUGAGGGCUUUGUCCCUUCUUUAUUGGUAUAAUACUAUGUCCUGUCAGUCUUACGAGAGUAGCAGGACUUAAAAUAAGGCCAAGAAUGUAUUACAAGAUGAUGAUGCACUCUGUGGCACCCAAGUUACAACCGAGAAAUCAUAAAACUUACUUCAGAACGCAUGGACAUUACAGAGAUUGGCGUGCGAUAAAAGCUCUUACUAUGUGAUGGAUCUGGAACUGCAGUUAAAAAGAAGACAGUUGGAUGAGAGUAUUAAAACAUUGCCACAUUUCUGUGGAAAAUGGUAUUCCGGAACAUUUGCUUUCCGUGUUUGCCAACGGCAAAGCCAUUCAGACGUGGUUUUGCACAAAUGGAACACGCUUGGAAGUUAGUCUCCUUAGACUUGGCAGCUAAAGAACAAGUAAAUGUGUUCAAAAAUCAUUCAGACUUCCAGAUGUCCUUGGAUCGAGCCAGUAUCUGAUCAAAGAAUGAUUUACCUCUGUAAAUCACCUCCUGUUUUGCUGUUUAAGUAGUCCCCUCUAUUCCCUAUGUAUAUAAUCUCACUCCUAUUAUCACCAGGAUACCCAUCUGGCAGUUUCAGCUGGGAAAGCAGGAACUCCUGAGCUCCCAGCCAGGCACCUCCACCUCCCUCCCUUACAGCUUCUCUCAGGCUGGCAGCGUGGCUGCCUUUCCGUGGUACAGGAAUUAACACAGCUGGGACAUGCAGCCAGCUGGGCUGCGCUUGCUGCAGCAGUUGCCUGUGCAGGGGAGGUGGUGGGGACGGCAGAGGCUGCUGUGACCGCAGCUCUGUCCUGCCCCAGGUGCCAGCCAGAAACAGGUUAGAGGUGCAGGUUGUCCAGUCAGCUGGAACUGGUCUCUGGGAGAGUCAGUGUAGUAGAGCGGCACUGGGGAACGUACCAACUAUGGGUGAUUUAUCUGUUUGUGCUCUGUACUGCCUGCUUAUGAGGAUUAAAAUAAAAUUGUGAAAAGCUAA